AUGGAUGCACUCGAACCUGCUACCAAUGAUGUUACUGAUGGCAGGAAACCAACAGUCCCUUUGACGAUACCUCAAUGGAAAGCUGCGCAAAUUGCCGGCGAUGGUCUUGAGAGACUCUGUUCGCUCGUCGAAACUGAAAAGGCAAACAAUUCGAAAACACAUGCUUGGAUCUCGUUAGCUUCUCCCGAACAACUCAAAGCUCAAUGGACAAAAUUUGAAGCCCUUAGUCCUGACCCUACCUCCCUUCCACUGUACGGCGUUCCCUUCGCUGCGAAAGACAACAUCGACGUUGAGGGUUUCAUCACAACCGCUGGGUGUCCAACUUUUAGUUCUGUCCCGGCCGCCUCAGACGCCACGCUCAUCGCCAAACUCAAAACUGCUGGGGCAAUCCUCAUUGGUAAAACGAAUCUCGACCAGUUCGCCACGGGUCUUGUCGGUACGAGGUCGCCAUAUGGUGCUGUACCGAACUCAUUCGAUCCUACCCGUGUCAGCGGUGGCUCCAGCUCUGGAAGUGCCUCUGUUGUCGCUCGUGGUAUCGUGCCUUUCUCUUUGGGCACAGACACUGCUGGUUCUGGUAGGAUCCCGGCAGGACUCAACAAUAUCGUAGGGUUGAAGCCCACGCGUGGUGCUUUGAGCAAUCAUGGACUCGUACCUGCAUGCAGGACUCUUGAUUGCAUCUCGAUCUUCAGUCUUACGAUUGCCGAUGCAGAGACAGUUCUCAGUAUGGCCGAGGGGCAUGAUGUCGAGGACGCCUAUUCUCGAGCUCGACCUGAACCUGACACUGUUCCUUUCGAUGAGUUCGGCGGCUCUGCUGGUCUGGAAAAGCCCAAGUUGGCUAUUUGUGCCUCGCCAGAUUGGUUCGGUCGCGAUGGCCACCGUCCAGCAUACGAGAAAGCUUUAGCCAAAGCAGAGGGCUUGGGCUGGACCCUUGUUCCAGUGGAUUUCGAUCUUUUGUUCCAACUUGCACGGCUACUGUAUGACGGUCCGUGGGUUGCAGAGAGGUACGAAGCCAUCCGCGACUUCAUCGAGGGGGCCUGCCCGGAGGAGAUGGAUCCUGUUGUACGAGGCAUCAUCAUCAGAGCUCAAUCUCUUUCAGCAGCAGAAGUGUUUGAGGGUGAAUACCUCCGUCAAGAACUUACUCGUCAGAUCGAACGUGCAUUUGCUCAGUUCGAUGGGCUUCUCGUUCCCACAUCUCCGACUUUUCCCACACUUGCUCAGCUAUCUGAGAGUCCCGUGGUGGAGAACUCAAUUCUCGGCACUUAUACUAACUUUGUCAACUUUCUCGACUGGUCGGCGCUUUCUAUCCCUGCAGGCUUUAGGCCGGAUGGGCUUCCCUUUGGGGUGACUCUUAUAUCGAAUCGUUGGCAAGAGCCUCAUCUUCUUUCGUGGGCUCGAGAAUGGUUUGGUGAUGAACAACGAUUGCUGGGUGCGACUGGUUCCAGAGCGCAUGAACCUAGCGUUACAGCAUCUUCAGCAUCUUCCAAGUACAUCCCCAUCGCGGUUGUAGGUGCUCACCUUACAGGAUAUCCUCUGAAUAAAGAUGUUGUAUCUCGCGGCGGCAGACUCGUGAAGGCAGCCAAGACAUCCUCUACCUACCGUCUAUACUCAUUGGACACGACAAAUGGCCCAAAAAAGCCUGGCCUCAAGCGAGUCUCUUCAGGUGAAGGCGGAGAAAUCGAGGUCGAAGUAUGGAAUCUUCCAAAGACCUCUCUCGCGAGCUUCAUGUCCACCAUUCCUCCUCCUCUUGCAAUCGGCACAAUUGAGCUCAGUGACGGGUCUUGGGUAAAGGGAUUCGUAUGCGAGGGGUAUGGCUUCGAUGGCGCUAUCGAUAUCACAGAUCAUGGCGGCUGGAGAGCCUAUCACGACUUUCUCAAGAAACAGGCCAGACCGUUGCCGAAUGGCGCUGGUAAACGUGAUAUUUCGACAGUUCUUGUCGCGAAUCGAGGCGAGAUUGCUGUCCGUAUCAUCGAGACUAUUCAAAAGAUGGGUCUUCGGGCUGUCGCCAUCUACUCCGAAACAGACGCAGAUGCUGCCCAUGUUGGCAAAGCCGACCUUGCUUUGAAACUCAAGGGUGAUUCUGUUUCCGAGACCUACCUGGAUAUUGAGCAGAUCCUAGGCCUUGCUACACAGUCCUCAACCGAUGCUAUUAUUCCAGGAUAUGGCUUUCUGUCUGAGAACGCACAAUUCGCUACCGCUGUUGAAGAAAGGGGCAUGAUUUGGGUUGGACCAACUCCACAGCAAAUGGCUGAACUGGGACUCAAGCAUCGGGCGCGUGCAAUUGCGAUAACAGCCAAUGUACCAACUGUUCCCGGGCAUGAUAACCUCCUCACAUCGCUAGAGGAGGCCCUCGUGGAAGGUGAGAAGAUUGGGUUUCCACUGAUGCUCAAAAGUACCGCUGGUGGCGGCGGUAUCGGUCUUAGUUACUGCAAAGACGUUGAAAGCCUGAAAGCAACAUUCGAGGGCGUUCAAAGGCAAGCUGUCGCGAACUUUGGUAACGGCGGUGUGUUUAUUGAACGGUUUGUCGAACGCGCACGGCACGUUGAGGUCCAGAUCCUCGGUGACGGCACCGGUCGUGUCAUUGCAGCUGGCGAGAGAGACUGUUCCUUGCAGCGGCGCCAUCAGAAGGUCGUGGAAGAAAGUCCUGCCUCUAUGGUUCCUGAGACUGUCUGCAAAGAGAUGCGAGUGGCUGCUCUGAGACUGGCGUCCUCAGUCAAGUAUCGCAAUGUCGGUACAGUUGAGUUCAUUUAUGAUGUCGAGACAAAGGAGUUUUACUUCCUUGAGGUGAACACUCGGUUGCAGGUCGAACAUCCUGUAACUGAGUCAGUAACUGGCCUAGAUCUCGUGGAGUGUAUGCUCAACAUUGCAGGUGGAAAUGCAUCUCAGCUGUUCGAAGCCACACCUCAAGUCUCGGGUGCUUCCAUUGAAGUCCGUGUAUACGCAGAAAGCCCUCUUCAAAACUUCCGACCUUGUUCAGGCCGUAUCACUGCCCUUGAGUUCCCUUCUACUCUCCGAGUCGAUACCUGGAUCAAAUAUGGAACUGAAGUUACCACCUCUUUCGAUCCUCUGCUUGCAAAGAUCAUUGCAUUCGGAACGAACCGUGAGGAAGCUAUCGAGAAGUUAGCCAACGGCCUUGCAGUUACGCGCAUUGAAGGUGUGCAGACCAACCUCGAGUACUUGCGUCAGAUAGUAGCCUCCCCCAUGUUCACAUCUGGCGAGUACACUACAAAGUCGCUGGAUGACUUCCAUAUCGAAUCAUACUCUUUUGAAGUCCUCCAACCGGGAGCCUUGACAACAGUCCAAGACUACCCUGGUCGUACUGGGUACUGGGAUAUCGGUGUCUCUCCGAGUGGGCCAAUGGACUCGUACUCCUUUCGACUUGCAAACCGACUUGUCGACAAUCCAUCUGACGCAGCUGGGCUCGAAUGUACCUUGAAUGGUCCAACCUUGAAGUUCCAUUGCGAUGCUGUUGUUGCCAUCUCAGGGGGUUUAACACCAGUCACUAUCGACGAUGUGCCUGCUCCUCAGAACCAAGCUCUCAUGAUCAAAGCAGGCCAGACCCUGAGUCUCGGGGUCGUCGAGCAUGGUCAUAAGGUCUAUUUUGCCAUUAGGGGAGGUAUUCAGGUUCCUGUCGUGAUGGGCAGUCAAGCAACGUUCGAACUUGGGAAACUCGGGGGCUUCUGCGGCCGCAAACUUCAACGAGGUGAUAUUUUGCCUCUCGAUCCUCGAUCCAAUACUUAUGUCAGUGAAAGUGCCCCGUGUAUUUCACCAAUGCCUAUUCCGCAUCAACCCAAGGCCUCUUGGACCAUUCGAGUAAUUCCCGGUCCUCAUGGCGCCCCGGACUACUUUACCUUCGAGAGUGCAAGGUCGCUCUAUAUGAGCGAUUGGAAGGUCCACCAUAAUAGCAACCGUCUUGGUGUUCGUCUCACAGGUCCUCAACCUGAGUGGUCCCGCCCGAGCGGUGGUGAAGCAGGCUUACACCCAUCCAACAUUCAUGAUGCCCCUUACUCGAUAGGUAGCGUGAGCUUCACCGGGGAUGAAGCAGUCGUUCUUGGCUGUGAUGGUCCGAGUCUUGGUGGGUUUGUAGUGCUGUGUGUCGUCUGUUCGGCAGAUUUGUGGAAGAUGGGCCAGGUCCGGCCUGGAGAUACCAUUCGGUUUGAACCUAUUGAUGUUGAAGCUGCGAUUGAGUUAGAGAAGCAGCUCGAUCAUGCUAUUGAGACCCUCUCACCUCUUCCAGUCCCCGAGAUAAUCUCCACUGACGAAGCGGUUCUGGCGCAAAGGAUCGAAGAUGCCCCUGCUACCAUUGGAACCAUUGACCACGACGGCCAAAGCAUAACAGUCCGACAAGCAGGAGAUCGAGCAUUCCUGUUAAAAUUCGGAGAUACUACUGCCUUCAAUCUUCGAUACAACUUUGGUAUCUAUGCCUUCUGCGAGCAUCAUCAGAAGAAGCCCAUUUCUGGUGUUGAAGAACUCACCCCCGGCGUUUUCAGCCUCCACGUUACCUAUAAUCGUGGUCUAUCCCCAAGCACCAUGAUGUCCCGUUUGAUAGAUCAUGUUGGCUCGUACAAAGUGCCUUCCCGCAUUCCCUCGAGAAGUGUCCGUCUGCCCAUCGCUUUUGACGAUAGUGUCAGCCGCGCAGCUAUCGAGCGGUAUGCAGCUACGAUUCGAAGCGACGCCCCGUGGCUCCCAAGCAACAUCGAGUUCUUGGAAAAGCUGAACGGAAUCGAUGACUUGACUAAGGUAUUGAGUGAUGCAGAAUUCGUGGUUCUUGGUCUCGGCGAUGUGUUCAUGGGUUCGCCAUGUGCAAUUCCUCUAGAUCCUCGCCAUCGCCUCUUCGGAACAAAGUAUAACCCCUCGCGUUCUUUCACACCCCGUGGAGCUGUGGGCAUCGGGGGGCAGUACAUGUGUAUCUAUGCGACAGACUCUCCUGGGGGAUACCAGCUUGUGGGACGAACCAUCGAGAUCUGGGACUCCGACCUCGUUCACGCUGGAAAUGCUGCAGCUUGGUUCUUCCGCCGCUUUGAUCGCAUUUCCUUUUAUCCUGUCAGCGAAGCUGUUCUUGAUCAUACGCCCGCGUCCGAGCUUGUGCAGAUCUGCGAUGAUGGUGUUCUCGACCUUGAACAAUACGAGGCGUGGCUGGAGGAGAACAAAGAAGAUAUUUCUAAACAAGCCUUUCGACAGGCAAAUGCCAUCGCUGAAGCGCCAUUCGUAGGGGAGUUGUGUCGUCCGUAUGAAGUCGAGUCCCAUACGAAUGGCGAUAGCCUUGGUGUCGGCGUGAGCAGUUCGGGUCUUUCUGGUGAGCGGAUCAAAGCAACGAUGCCUGGGCGAUGCUACAAGGUCGUAGUGAAGGAAGGGUCUGACGUUGAGAAAGGUGAUAUUCUGCUUUAUAUUGAAUCGAGCAAGAUGGAGGUGGAGAUUCGUAGCCCUUUGGCUGGGAGGUGUGUCGCCGUGAUGGUGCGAGUGGGCGAUUUGAUUGAUGUAGACGACGAUCUGCUUAUCUUUGGGACGGAGGAUAGUUAG